GCCAGAUCGCAACCUUUCCCCAGCUCCCUUCACCACUUCUCUCAUCGAUUCACCUUUUCUUCUACCCCCGAGCUCAUCCAAGGCUCGACUUUUUCUUCCUUCCUUCUUUUCCUUGGAUGAAUUAGUUUUCCUUCUCUGGUUUUCCCCCUUCAGCCGCCGCCAUGAGUUCUCUACGUUUUCUCGAUCUGGUCAAGCCGUUCGUGCCGUUCCUCCCCGAGGUUCAGCAGCCGGAAACCAAGAUUCCCUUCAACCAGAAGCUGAUGUGGACGGCAUUGACGCUCCUCAUCUUCCUGGUCAUGAGCCAAAUGCCUCUCUACGGCAUUGUCUCCUCCGACAAUUCGGAUCCUCUAUACUGGUUGCGAAUGGUGAUGGCGAGUAAUCGAGGUACUCUGAUGGAAUUGGGUAUCACUCCCAUCAUCUCCUCUGGCAUGGUCUUCCAGCUCCUCGCUGGUACCCACCUCAUUGACGUCAACCUCGACCUCAAGUCGGAUCGCGAACUCUACCAGACUGCCCAGAAGCUCUUUGCCUUCAUCCUGUCUGCCGGUACCGCCACCGUCUACGUCUUCACUGGUCUCUACGGCACUCCCUCCGACCUCGGUGCUGGCAUUGUCUUCCUGCUCAUCCUCCAGCUGGUCGUUGCUGGCAUGAUUGUCAUUCUGCUCGAUGAGCUCCUGCAGAAGGGUUACGGCCUUGGCAGUGGUAUCUCUCUGUUCAUUGCCACCAACAUCUGCGAGUCCAUCAUGUGGAAGGCUUUCUCUCCCACCACCAUCAACACUGGCCGUGGCCCCGAGUUCGAGGGUGCCGUCAUCGCUCUCUUCCACCUCCUGAUGACCUGGCCCAACAAGCAGCGCGCUCUCCAGGAGGCUUUCUACAGGCAAAACCUCCCCAACAUCAUGAACCUUCUCGCCACCAUCCUGGUCUUUGUUGCCAUCAUCUACCUUCAGGGCUUCCGCGUCGAGAUUCCCGUCAAGUCUAACCGCCAGCGUGGUGCCCGAGGCUCAUACCCCGUUCGCCUGUUCUACACCUCCAACAUGCCCAUCAUGCUGCAGUCCGCCCUGUCCUCCAACGUCUUCCUGAUCAGCCAGAUGCUCUACUCUCGCUUCUCCGAGAACCUCCUGGUUCGUCUCUUUGGUGUGUGGGAGGCCAAGGAUGGUACUUCUCAGCUCCACGCUGUCUCCGGUCUUGUCUACUACAUGUCUCCUCCCCUCAACUUCAAGGAUGCUCUCCUCGACCCCAUCCACACCGCCGUCUACAUCAUCUACAUGCUCGGCGCCUGUGCUCUCUUCUCCAAGACCUGGAUUGAGGUUUCCGGCUCCAGCCCCCGUGAUGUUGCCAAGCAGCUCAAGGACCAGGGUCUCGUCAUGGCUGGACACCGUGAUCAGAGCAUGUACAAGGAGCUCAAGCGCAUCAUUCCUACCGCCGCUGCCUUUGGUGGUGCCUGCAUUGGUGCUCUGUCCGUCCUGAGCGACCUUAUGGGGGCUCUUGGCUCUGGUACCGGUACUCUGCUCGCUGUCACUAUCAUCUACGGCUACUUCGAAAUUGCUGCCAAGGAGGGUGAUCUUGCCGGAAUGAAGGGCAUGAUCAUGGGCUAAACGGAAUCUUAUGGGAAGUGGGGGAGCUUUGAUUCUCUAAUAAAAUCUCUUUGAUUUCUACAGUCUUGGUAAAUCCUUGACAGGCAUGGAAAUUGUAGUAAUGUACCAACAGGGGAAUAUCAAUAGGGGAUAAGGAGUAUGAAACAAAAUAUAAAAUGGAACUGUACGAUUGUUUUUUUGUAGGCAACUGGGAGCUAGCAUUGUGAGAGAGAUAUAGGGGCGUCGUGUUUAUAACUACAUGUCUAUGGAUUAAAUAUUCCCAGAAUACCUUCGUUGUGUCCGAGGCAAUACCGUGUAA